GUGUCGCAAGCGUUUGCCUGGUCACGUGUUCGUAAAAAAACAUGGAGGAGUUUUAUAAGACAGGCACGAAAAGACCAAGUUUUAAUGGUAAUAGAAAGAGAGCUCAUCAAUGGACUGAGAGAAAUGAAAGAGAAAAGCGAGCUCGAUACUCAGACCACUUAAUUCCAAUAUCAAGACGACCAAUAGCCACAAGAGUGUUCACUCUGCCUUCUCCUGCUAGCGGUGUCGAGGUAGUCUACACGAAAUGCCCGAAUGAUGCAGAUUUGUGGAUACACAAAAACAUAAACUCGUCUACCCUUGCUAUCGGCAUGGAUAUUGAAUGGAGACCACAGUUUAUCCCAAAGAAAUUAGGAGGAAAAGAAAACAAGACAGCUACACUACAGUUGGCAGUAAACCACUCCUGCCUUGUGUUGCAUCUAUUUCAUAUGCGUUUGGACUUGUUGCCUCGCUCCUUGUUGAAUGUGUUGGGUAAUAUCAGAAUACUUAAAGUAGGUAGUGGUAUUUCGGGAGAUGCAGUAAAACUUUUGCGUGAUACAGAGAUUUUGUGUAACGGGAGAUCAGACACCCAAGUUUAUGCCAAAGUUCUUGCUUUAAACCAAGAUGGGACUGGUUUGAAAAAACUUGCCAAAACGAUUUUGGGAAUUGAGCUUGAUAAACCAAAGUACAUUUCCCUGAGCAACUGGGAGCUGUUCCCUUUAACAUAUGAACAAGCCUCCUAUGCCGCUCUUGAUGCCUGGGUGAGUUUUAAGCUUUUUGUCGAGCUGAAACAAAGACUACACAAAUCUGGACUUGUGCGAAAAACUGGUGAACAACACUUGAUAGAAACAGGUGUUCCCAUGGGUAAGAAAGCAGAGGCUAUGGUUAGUUGCAAGUCUUGUGGCAAGAAAUACAAGAGUAAAGCAGCCCUGUUGGAGCACAUUGAGGUCAAAAGUCAUCAAAGUCAUGUAGUUGAUGAUACGACAGAGAAGGAGGAAUCACAUUCCAGAGACUUUGUAACUCAGCUGAAUGAACAAAAAGCUGAGCCACCCUUAGAACAUGUAGAUUGUAAAAAGUGUGGGAAGCUUUUUUUAAACAAAGUAUCUAAGAAUCACAAGAGAAAGUGCAAAGGAAAAGGGGAAAGUGGAGAAUUAAAAAACAUGGAGGAGUUUUAUAAGACAGGCACGAAAAGACCAAGUUUUAAUGGUAAUAGAAAGAGAGCUCAUCAAUGGACUGAGAGAAAUGAAAGAGAAAAGCGAGCUCGAUACUCAGACCACUUAAUUCCAAUAUCAAGACGACCAAUAGCCACAAGAGUGUUCACUCUGCCUUCUCCUGCUAGCGGUGUCGAGGUAGUCUACACGAAAUGCCCGAAUGAUGCAGAUUUGUGGAUACACAAAAACAUAAACUCGUCUACCGUUGCUAUCGGCAUGGAUAUUGAAUGGAGACCACAGUUUAUUCCAAAUAAAUUAGGAGGAAAAGAAAACAAUACAGCUACACUACAGUUGGCAGUAAACCACUCCUGCCUUGUGUUGCAUCUAUUUCAUAUGCGUUUGGACUUGUUGCCUCGCUCCUUGUUGAAUGUGUUGGGUAAUAUCAGAAUACUUAAAGUAGGUAGUGGUAUUUCGGGAGAUGCAGUAAAACUUUUGCGUGAUACAGAGAUUUUGUGUAACGGGAGAUCAGACACCCAAGUUUAUGCCAAAGUUCUUGCUUUAAACCAAGAUGGGACUGGUUUGAAAAAACUUGCCAAAACGAUUUUGGGAAUUGAGCUUGAUAAACCAAAGUACAUUUCCCUGAGCAACUGGGAGCUGUUCCCUUUAACAUAUGAACAAGCCUCCUAUGCCGCUCUUGAUGCCUGGGUGAGUUUUAAGCUUUUUGUCGAGCUGAAACAAAGACUACACAAAUCUGGACUUGUGCGAAAAACUGGUGAACAACACUUGAUAGAAACAGGUGUUCCCAUGGGUAAGAAAGCAGAGGCUAUGGUUAGUUGCAAGUCUUGUGGCAAGAAAUACAAGAGUAAAGCAGCCCUGUUGGAGCACAUUGAGGUCAAAAGUCAUCAAAGUCAUGUAGUUGAUGAUACGACAGAGAAGGAGGAAUCACAUUCCAGAGACUUUGUAACUCAGCUGAAUGAACCAAAAGCUGAGCCACCCUUAGAACAUGUAGAUUGUAAAAAGUGUGGGAAGCUUUUUUUAAACAAAGUAUCUAAGAAUCACAAGAGAAAGUGCAAAGGAAAAGGGGAAAGUGGAGAAUUAUGAAGUUUUGGGAAAUUGGUAGUGAUCUAUUUAAUUAUCUCAAUUAAACAAUUUUUCUUGUGAACAGAUUCAUUCCUUUUAGCUCAUCUUCUCUGCUCAAGGGAAUUUUAAAAUUAUAUCCAUAGAUGUUGAUUCUUAUGCAUUUUAAUCAAACCUGUUUUUAUACAGUUUCUGUAUAACUUCUUUCUUUAUGAUAGGGAACUUGCUGUGCUUAAAGAUCAUGUUACCUUUUGGGUGGCAAAUUCAAGCAGAAAUAAACACAGUAAUGACUGCACCCAUCACACCAGAGAAUGACAAAAAAAAAUAAAAUCUUUAAAGGAAUCUAAACCCUUUCUGAAAACAAUUCAGGCUUUAUUUGUCAGCCCUAAAUAAGUCACUUUUUGUAACUAUUGUUUUGCUGCUAAAAGCCUGAGCAUGUGCUUGUUUGCCACCCAACGAGUCACAUGAUCUCUUAGUGGAAGCCCCCUAUUGGGUUAGAAUUCUCUGCUCAAUUGUCCCUUACUGUAAAUAUUCUACCAAAAGUUUCUGGAAAACUGUAAAGUGAGUAUAAGAGGCAGGGAUUGGGGGGGGGGUAGGUCAGUAAAACAUGUUCUCAUUUCUGUAACCUCCCUACCCUCACCAUUAACACACAAAUAUUCCACAUUUUAACACUUAUCAAACAUGUGUCCAAAGAGAGUGGGGUAAUAGCUAGUGGUACAGAUUUUGCUUCUCAAGUAAGAGGAACAGUGUCAGGUCAACAUAGGUUUCAGAUGUGUAAGAACCUCUUCUUUGGGAACUGUGCACCCCUUGUGGUUUGGGUGACUACAUUAAAUGGCAAUUCCAUCUAACAAAUCUUGUCAACCAGCCUAAAAACAAUGUGAUGUUGAGAUUGGGAAGAGCCAUCCAUCUUUAGUACCCGUACUUGAUAACCAACCUAAAAUUGUGUGAAUUCAAGAACCAAUCCAGCAGGACUAGUCUGCACAACUAAAGGGGCAUUAACACUUCUCUUGUUCAUGAAAAAUAAUUAUUAAUACAGCAUUGAUAAAAUAUAAGGUGGUGAGGGGUUUAAGGUCUGGCAGAGGGUAGGGGAUACAAACUGAUGAGGGGUCAACAAGAUAAAGAAAAUCUUAUUCACAAUUUUGUGAAACUGCUGCUUAAAUUUGUUAUUAUUUCAUGGUGACAAGUUUUGCAUUUUCUUCGUUUUCUAACCGCAAUAUACAACAAACAUUUUACGAUAUCUUUUCCUUUGAUGAGCGGUCUCGGUCUACUUGGUCCCCCUGUGGUAGAAAGCACCCGCACUGUCUUUUGGGUCAAUAGACUGCGGACAGAAGUCAGAAGCGAAACCUCGCUUCGUGCAACCAUUAGCCCGUACAGGGGCUCAUAAGUCGGGGCAAUCAUCUGUAAUUUCGGUCAUCGUGUCGAUUUGGGUUUCCUGUGGAACAAACCGUCGCCAUCUUGGAAACGAAAUCUCACGUCCCCUCCCCUCAUCGUCAAUUAGUAGUCUAUGCGUUGCCUUUCCAGCUGUGAUUUGGACGGACUCCAAGGAAACCAAGAUUUGAGCUACCUUUGGUAGUCCGCGAUUCACCAGGAUUUUUUCGCACUUACCUUGUGUUUCCGAUAAUUUUGAAAGCUCCUUCUUCGAUUUUUACCGCGAAUACGAUGGCGAUAUCAAAGAAUUAUUUGCAAUGUCCAGUCCAGAACUACUAUGAUUGCAAAUCAUUGCCCAAGAAAAAAAAAAAUGGAUUGCUUCAUUAUUUUAAACCAAGGCAAACACAGCCACGGAGAAGACACAGAGAUUAUUUAGAGAUCAGUGGGCUCCAGUGAAUACUGCAGUGUACUUACAUGCAGAAGCUACUGUUAGGGAUAACCAGGAGAUCAUAAAUUCUGUAUAGUUCACUAUAUGCUAAUACAUGAGCAGUAAUCUUUUCAGUAGCUAUUAUCAUGGCCACCACUUAGACCCAAAUAGCUUACUGCGUAUGUACAGGCAUGCAGCUUGGGGUGGGCACACGGGUUGUGCCCCUCCCACUCAACCACCAAAAAGCAGUCUUUUUUUAAAAUAUACUUACUUUCCAUAAUAUCUAUGACUGCAAAUCCCCUCCACAGCUAAUCAGAUUGUAUAUUAUGGUUAUCAGACUUCACCUUUCCUUUUCUAGACAUACAAUGGCUUCAAUUAAAUAAUUUCUUUUGUUUAAUAAAAUAAGACUACAAGCAA